GUGCAGUAAGUUUGCUUACGAAGAUAUUAAAGAAGUACACAAACGAAGAUAUCUGCUUCAGCCAAUUGCCCUUGAAGUAUUUUCAGCAGAUGGAAGAAAUCACCUUUUAGCAUUUCCUCGAAAAGUUAGGAACAAAGUGUAUGCAAGGUUUAUGACUGUUGCCACUUCAAUUACUGACAGUGCUCAAGAGUCAUUGGCAGGACAGAGGAGAGGAGCAAGUGUAGAAUCCAGUGCUAAUUUGCUGAGCAGUUUAAUCGGAGAAACUUCUGUUACCCAACGUUGGGUGCGUGGCGAAAUCACCAAUUUUCAGUAUCUCAUGCACUUAAACACCUUAGCUGGGCGCUCGUACAAUGAUCUGAUGCAGUAUCCUGUAUUUCCUUGGGUGUUGGCAGACUAUGAAUCUGAGGAACUGGAUUUGCAUAUCAGCAAGACAUUCAGAGAUUUUUCUAAGCCAAUGGGAGCACAGACACCUGAUAGGCUCGAGCAGUUCAAGAAACGAUACAGAGAAUGGGAUGAUCCUCAUGGUGAAACACCACCUUAUCAUUAUGGGACUUUCUAUUCCUCUGCUAUGAUUGUAGCCUCCUACCUGCUUCGUAUGGAACCUUUCACUCAACAUUUCCUUAGGCUUCAGGGUGGACACUUUGAUUUAGCUGAUCGAAUGUUUCACAGUAUAAAAGAUGCUUGGCUGUCGGCAGCAAAACACAAUAUGGCUGAUGUGAAAGAAUUAAUUCCCGAGUUUUUUUAUCUUCCCGAGUUCCUAUUAAACUCUAACAAAUUUGAUUUUGGCUACAAACAAAAUGGUAUACAACUUGAUGAUGUUAUCCUGCCACCUUGGGCAAAAGGAGAUUCCCGGGAAUUCAUCAGAGUACAUAGACAGGCUUUAGAGAGUGACUAUGUUAGUGCUCACCUACAUGAAUGGAUUGAUUUGAUUUUUGGAUACAAACAACAAGGGCAGCCAGCAGUGGAAGCUGUGAAUGUCUUUCAUCACCUUUUCUAUGAAGGAAAUGUAGACAUUUAUAGCAUUGAGGAUCCACUGAAAAAGAAUGCCACAAUUGGUUUUAUUAAUAAUUUUGGACAGAUUCCUAAACAACUCUUUAAGAAACCUCACCCAGCAAAAAGGCUUAACAACCGAACAAGUAUCAUAGAUCCUGGCCCCAUUGUGCCUGGUUUGAGUACUGGACAAGAUAAGUUGUUCUUCCAUAACUUGGAUAACCUGAGGCCAUCUCUUCAUCCUGUAAAAGAGCUUAGAGGACCGGUAGGACAGAUUGUUCAGCAUGACAAAACACUACAAGCCGUAGAACAGAACAAACUGAUACUGCCCCCUAACUACAUCCAUUAUGUAGCUUGGGGAUUUGCUGAUCAUAGCUUGAGGCUAGGAACUUAUGAAACGGAUCGGGCUACCUUGGUCUGGGAAGAUACUCCAUUUGGAGAGAUCCUUUGUUGUAGUGUACCAAAUAGCAAGGUUCUCCUAACAGCUGGUACAAAUACUGUGAUCAACGUGUGGCGAACAGAGAAGAAGAAACUGGUACUAAAGGAGAAUCUGUAUGGUCACACGGAACCUAUCACAUGUUUGGUUUCAUCAGCAGCAUACAAUCUAAUUGCCAGUGGAUCCAGGGACAAAACGUGCAUUGUUUGGGACUUGAGUCAACUAGUAUUUGUCAGGCAGUUGCGAGGUCAUCCAGGCCCAGUUGCAGCAAUAGCAAUUAAUGAAUUAACUGUAAGCAUGAAAUUACAGUUUAGCUUAAUACACUGCAAAAAUAACAGAUAA